AGCUGAGGUAGGAAGUGACUGACGGUUGCAACACCCAAUUAAAAUCUCCAGCGCGAUAUAAUGCACGCCACAGCAGCCAAUCCGUUUCGCUAAGGGGCGUGGUUUUAAGAGUUACCUGGGAUGAAAACAACUGCCUCCUCUCGCCGAGUACAUGAUGCUGAAUCAGAUCAAUGAGCAAACACAGGUGUUGAGCGCGAGUUGGUGAACAAAACGGGCUUUGUGUUUUUUACCAUCCUCAGGGAAAAUAACGCUUAAACGUGUACCUGCUGUCAGACGUUAGGAUGGCUGCCGACUCCACCAUGAGAUCCGAAGUGGAGGAGUUACAGAAGAAGGCCAAUCAGAUGACUGAUGAGUCUCUUGAGAUCACCAGAAACAUGAGGCUUCUAUUGGAGGAGAGUAAAGAUGCCGGGAUCAGGACACUUGUUAUGCUGGACGAGCAGGGAGAACAACUGGACCGCAUAGAAGAGGGCUUGGAUCAGAUCAACAAGGACAUGAAGGAGGCUGAGAAAAAUCUGACUGACAUGGCCAGGUGUUGCGGUCUGUGCAUUUGGCCAUGUACAAAAUUAAAGGACUUUGAGGCAAGUGGAGCAUAUAAGAAGGUGUGGGGUAAUAAUCAAGAUGGAGUGGUGUCGAGCCAGCCAUCUUCCCGCGUGGUGGAUGAGCGAGAGAAGAUGACCAUGAGCGGUGGAUAUAUUAGAAGAGUGACAAAUGAUGCAAGGGAGGAUGAAAUGGAGGAGAAUUUGGCCCAGGUUGGCAGUAUCCUUGGCAACCUCAGAAGCAUGGCACUCGACAUGGGCAAUGAAAUCGACACCCAGAAUGUCCAGAUUGAACGCAUACAGAGCAAGGCCGUAGUCAAUGAAUCACGCAUCAAUGAGGCCAACCAGAGAGCCACAAAGCUAAUAGCAAGAUAAAAUAUACGUUAAGUCUUCUUUUGCAAAAUGUGCACAUGAUAAUACAAAUUAUAUGUUUAAAUGAUUGCCUUCUGAUAUGACAGUAAGAAAUAUUAUGCCCUGACAACAUAGCUGUACUUACAUUAAGAAAAAAUGGAUUGAAUAUUGACUAAUUUGUUUUGUGUUUGUAAUUGAAGCAUGUAUUGUACAUGAAAGCACUGUCAUUUAGCCUGAUAUCUUGGUUUCUGAAACCUACAGAACACUUGUGAUGGGUAAUAAUAGCUCACUGUUCAGAUAAAAAAAAGUGUCUAAAGUUUUAUUGGUAUA